AUGUCGCAAUGGAGCUUCUCAGCUGUACGAGUACAUCUGUCCGCUGGCGGUACAACCGCUAUCACAUCGGCACGUGUUGGUGCGGGAAAUCAUACACCGAAUGUGCUCGCGUUACUUUUGUUACCGAUAUUAUGCCUUGUCGGUCUUAUUGGGAAUGCAAUGGUUUGUAUUGCUAUCGCAACUGAUCGACGUCUACAUAAUGUCACAAACUACUUCUUAUUUUCACUUGCAUUAGCCGAUCUACUCGUAUGCUUACUUGUUAUGCCACUAAGUAUUAUCGUCGAAGUUAAACAUGGAGUGUGGACAUGGAACGUCUCCUUAUGUCUGCUCUAUGUCUAUGCAGAUGUAUUUCUAUGUAGUGCUAGUAUUGUUCAUAUGUCGGUGAUCUCGUUGGAUCGAUAUCUUGGGAUAUCACAACCGUUACGUACACGUAAUAAAUCGAAGACAAUGAUUAUUGUGAAGAUAUGCCUUGUCUGGAUCAUCACACUCAUCAUUUCAUGCCCGAUUGCCGUACUCGCCUCAUAUGAUCAUACAAAUAUUCUACAGAAUAAUUCAUGUAUGAUAUUCAGUCGACAUUAUAUUAUCUACGGUUCAACGCUAACAUUUUUAAUACCGUUUUGUGUGAUGUUUGUUACGUAUUUACGGACGACAACAUUAUUGAAUAAGCAAGCAUCAAUACUAAGUCAAAAGGCUAACGAUAAAUUAAAUGGGAAUGGUUUACGUCGUACGAUGCCACAUCGUAAACUUGGACAUGUACGAACAAAUUCAAGUUCAACAGCGGCUACAUUUACUAGUAGUACAUAUAAGUCAAGUAUAAAUGGUCCUAAAACAAGCACAGUCAGCUAUUCGAACGGCUAUCAUAAUUCAGUCGUAGAGUUGGAAGCGCCAUCACAUAUACCGAAAAACGCUUCCAUACUAGGACAUAAAUCAAUCGCUAAACGAUCCACCAUUAAUCGUUGGAAAUCGAGAACUUCCAGCUAUUUAUCGAAUAUUGCACUACGAGUCGGCAGAAGGAACUCAUUACAGGCAGCAAGUCAGGAAUUAGCAAAUGAACAUAAAGCAACACGUGUCCUUGCUGUAGUAUUCAUAUGUUUCUUUAUUUGUUGGACACCAUUUUUUGUUGCGAAUUUUAUUGUUGGAUUUUGUGGUGCAUUAUGUACAAUGCCACCAUGGCUUGGUUCCGUGUUUUUAUGGCUUGGAUAUAUAUCAAGUACCGUGAAUCCGAUUAUUUAUACGGUAUUUAACAAACGUUUUCGUCAAGCAUUCGUACGAAUUUUACGUUGUCAAUGUUGUCAUACGAUACGUGAUCCAUCAUCACAUUAUUCACGUAAUUAUACGACAAUUGCACCGGAUACUUUCACUUGUUCCAAUCAUGAUCGGGAUCGACAAACAUCCGUGAAUUAUCGGGAUGAUUCGACUGAAAGUAUGCGACAGGGAAGUGGACGAUUUAGGCGUCAAAAUAGUGUUAUGGAUGAAAGUAAGAAGACAUCGUUACCAAAUCUACAAACAAGCCGUACUAUGACACCGUUUCCAAGUGUUCGCGAUUCGCGUGCGACAACUGAGGAAGCAAGUGAUGAGGAUGGGACAAAUGAACAACGACCACUUCUACCACAACCACGUAUAACAACAAUGCGUAAAUCGCUCACAACAUUGCUCAACACGUCCACAACGUCCACGUUCACGAAAUCCACAUCAAUGUGUGCAGAAUGUCGUCGUGAUGGAAUGUUUCACCCAUCCGAUACGGAUGAUACAAUGACAUCAUCAACAAGUAGUUGUCCACGUCAUUUAACGCUUUUCUCUUCCACAUUCGGUAAAUCAAUUAAGGAAACAUUUUUAUAA